GCGGCCGUCAUGGAGCACAUCCGCACGCCCAAGGUUGAAAAUGUGUGCUUGGUGGACCGAGUGUCUUCCAAAAAAGCAGCCCUGGGUACUUUGUAUUUGACAGCUACUCAUGUCAUAUUCGUGGAAAAUGCACCUGAUACAAGAAAAGAAACAUGGCUUCUCCACAGUCAGAUUUCCACCAUUGAAAAACAGGCAACAACUGCUACUGGCUGUCCUCUGCUUAUUCGCUGUAAGAACUUUCAGAUUAUACAACUCAUCAUACCACAGGAAAGAGAUUGCCAUGAUGUAUACAUCUCUCUGAUACGUCUUGCAAAGCCAGUGAAAUACGAGGAGUUAUACUGCUUUUCAUUCAAUCCCAAGCUGGAUAAAGAAGAAAGAGAGCAAGGCUGGCUGCUGAUUGAUCUCAGCGAGGAAUACAAGCGGAUGGGCCUCCCUAAUAGUUUCUGGCAGCUCAGUGAUGUGAAUAGAGACUACAGAGUUUGUGACUCUUACCCCACUGAAUUGUACGUUCCCAAAUCAGCUACAGCACACAUCAUAGUGGGAAGUUCCAAAUUCCGGAGUAGACGGCGAUUUCCUACCCUUUCAUACUACUGUAAAGAUAACCAUGCCUCCAUCUGCAGGAGCAGCCAGCCCCUGUCUGGUUUUAGUGCCCGGUGCCUGGAGGAUGAGCAGAUGCUCCAGGCCAUCAGGAAAGCCAAUCCAGGAAGUGACUUUAUUUAUGUUGUGGACACUCGACCUAAACUUAAUGCAAUGGCAAAUCGUGCUGCAGGGAAAGGCUAUGAGAAUGAAGACAAUUAUUCCAAUAUCAAGUUUCAGUUUAUCGGGAUAGAGAACAUCCAUGUCAUGAGGAACAGUCUGCAGAAAAUGCUGGAAGUGUGUGAGCUUAAGUCUCCUUCCAUGAGUGAUUUCCUGUGGGGGCUGGAAAACUCCGGCUGGUUACGGCACAUUAAGGCCAUCAUGGAUGCAGGAAUCUUCAUUGCCAAGGCAGUUUCAGAGGAAGGGGCAAGCGUGCUUGUUCACUGCUCUGACGGCUGGGACAGGACUGCUCAAGUGUGCUCAGUAGCAAGCCUGCUACUAGAUCCACACUACCGGACUUUGAAGGGCUUCAUGGUAUUAAUCGAAAAGGACUGGAUUUCUUUUGGCCAUAAGUUUAAUCACAGAUAUGGCAAUCUAGAUGGUGACCCUAAAGAAAUCUCACCAGUAAUUGACCAGUUCAUUGAGUGUGUCUGGCAGCUAAUGGAACAAUUUCCCUGUGUAUUUGAAUUCAAUGAGAGGUUUUUGAUUCACAUUCAGCAUCACAUUUAUUCCUGCCAGUUUGGAAAUUUUCUGUGUAACAGCCAAAAGGAGAGAGGAGAGUUCAAAAUUCAAGAAAGAACAUACUCAUUAUGGGCUCAUCUGUGGAAGAAUCGGGCUGACUACCUGAAUCCUCUGUUUAGAGCUGAUCACAGUCAGACCCAGGGAAACCUUCAUCUCACUACAACUCCAUGCAACUUCAUGUACAAGUUUUGGAGUGGGAUGUAUAACCACUUUGAGAAGGGGAUGCAGCCCCGACAGUCAGUUACGGAUUACCUUAUGGCAGUGAAGGAGGAAUCCCAGCAGCUGGAGGAGGAACUGGAGGCCCUAGAAGAAAGGCUGAAAAAAAUUCAAAAAGUCCAGUUAAAUUGCACCAAAGUGAAGAAUAAACAGAAUGAGUGCAGCAGACUCUCAGGGUUUUCUACCUCAGACAACAGCACGGUGAACACUCGCCAGGAUUACAGCGGGAACCUGAAGUCAUUUCCCUCCAGGAGCCCUUCACAAGGUGAUGAAGAUUCUGCACUGAUUCUAACCCAAGACAAUUUCAAAAGCUCAGACCCAGAUCUGUCAGCAAACAGUGAUCAAGAGUCUGGUGUGGAGGACUUGAGCUGCCGAUCUCCUAGUAGGGGUGAGCAUGCACCGAGUGAAGACAGUGGCAAGGACAGGGACUCUGAUGAAGCUGUGUUUCUCGCUGCCUAAAGUUUUCCUCUGGAGUUCCAGGGCAAAGGACCACAAGAAACACUUCCAAAAAUAAGGGAACAGUGCAAUUGAAAAUAACUUCAGACAUAGGAUGUCAUCCAGGAUUAUGAAAUGUAGCUAUGAAAAUAGAGAAGAGAUGUCCCUUCUUAGUUUGUUUAGAUGUUGCAGAACUGGAAAUCACCAGUUCUUUUAUCAAAUAUAAAGAAAAUUAUGCACCACGGGGCUGGGGAUUUAGCUCAGCGGCAAAGCGCCUGCCUGGCAAGCACAAGGUCGUGAGUUCGGUUCCCUGUACCGGAGAAAAACCAAAAAAACAAACAAAAAAGAAAAUUAUGCACCAUUUUGAAAGUCCCUUAAGACCAUGAAAAUUGUAUUCCUGCAGUGCAGUUACUUCUGAGAUUAAUGUAAAUCUUCACUGUCAUAGCCUGUAUCUGCUCAAAAAGCUCUCUGACCCUUUUCCCUACAUGCAUUACCAUCUUGAAUCUUUCCUUUUGCUUCACCUCCAAGGCAUAGUUUGUGUUUUCUAAAACAUUUGACAUCACUUUCCCUUCUGACUAUAUCACCAGUAUUUCUAAAAGUAGGGCAUAUUGUUGAGAUAUUCUCUUUUUGAUUAAUAGAUGUGCCCCUAAGGAGCUUUGACACUGUUUAAGCUUAUUUUUCAUGUAAAAUAAUUACUUCAACUUUUCUUUAGGCAAUAUAGUUUGAAUUGUUAUAAUUUUAUCUUCAUUCUCUGAAAUCUCUUCUGUUUUUCCUAUCAUUUAAAAAAAUGCUAAAAUUUAUAACUCACUUUUUCUGUAACAUGGAUCUAAUACCUAAUAAAGUAAAAACAACAUCAAGUCUCAGAUAUUA